AUGAUCACACAAAGGGGUAUCAUUUUGUGUACUAACAUGUAUUUCUUCCCGCAGUCGAUAACAACUUCGGACCCCAACAAGGACCUCCAGGCCCUGUCGUUGAUUGCAGCGCAUUCGCACAUCUCAGGCCUUGGUUUGGAUGACAAUUUGCAGCCAAGAGAGGCAUCACAGGGAAUGGUUGGUCAGCUAACUGCGCGUAAAGCUGCUGGUGUCAUCCUGAAGAUGAUCCAAGCAGGCAAGAUUGCUGGCCGUGCCGUUCUGAUUGCUGGUCCUCCAUCUACCGGAAAGACAGCAAUUGCCACCGGAAUGGCCCAGUCUCUGGGCCCUGACGUGCCGUUCACAGCUUUGGCUGCCUCUGAAAUUUUCUCGCUAGAACUUUCCAAGACGGAGGCGUUGACCCAGGCUUUCCGCAGGUCCAUUGGAAUCAAAAUCAAGGAGGAGACUGAAUUGAUUGAAGGUGAGGUGGUAGAGAUUCAGAUCGACAGGUCGAUCACCGGCGGACAUAAGCAGGGUAAGCUGACUAUCCGCACUACCGAUAUGGAGACGAUCUAUGAGCUUGGAAACAAGAUGAUUGACGGUCUCCAGAAGGAGAAGGUUUUGGCUGGUGACAUCAUUUCCAUAGACAAGGCCAGUGGAAAGAUCACCAAGUUGGGCAGAUCAUACACCAGGGCUAGAGAUUAUGAUGCUAUGGGACCAAACACCAAGUUUGUGCAAUGUCCAGAGGGAGAGUUGCAAAAGCGCAAGGAGGUGGUGCACACCGUCUCACUACACGAAAUCGACGUGAUCAACUCGAGAUCCCAGGGAUUUUUGGCGUUGUUUUCGGGUGAUACCGGUGAAAUCAGACCCGAAGUGAGGGACCAGAUUAACACCAAGGUUGCAGAAUGGAGAGAGGAAGGUAAGGCUGAAAUUUCACCAGGUGUUUUGUUUAUCGAUGAGGUUCACAUGUUGGACAUCGAGUGUUUUGCGUUCAUCAACCGUGCACUUGAGGACGAGUUUUCACCCAUUGUGAUCAUGGCCACUAACCGUGGAAUCUCUAAGACCAGAGGCACCAGCUACAUGUCUCCACACGGAUUGCCAGCCGAUCUGCUUGACCGUUCCAUCAUCAUCCGUACUGAGCCUUAUUCUGAGGAGGAGGUUGGCCAGAUUCUGUCGAUCAGAGCUCAGGAAGAAGAGGUUGAGUUGGAUGCUGGAGCCCUGGCUCUGUUAACCAAGAUCGGAGCUGAAACCAGUCUUCGUUACGCCGCGAAUCUCAUAUCCGUGGCUAACCAGAUUGCCGUCAAGAAGCGCAGUUCGGUUGUGACUACCGACUGUAUCAAGAAGGCCUAUGUAUUGUUCCUGGAUAGUGGAAGGUCAGUCCAGUUCUUGGACGAGUUUAGCGACCAAUACAUCAACGACGACGGAAAGGUCAAGAUCUCGACGGAGGUUGCGGGAAAUGUGGAUGCGAUGGAUGUGGGUGUUUAA